CGCCUCACCUCACGCAUACAAGCUUUCGCCUACACGUCGGAAUUGCAUCACCAGCAGCGAACCUUCCUCCACCACGUCGCAUUUCUGAAUCGCCCAGAUACCGCGUACCCUAGAUCGCUGUCAUGUCGGUCGAUAAGCGCAAGGCGCCCGAACACUUCGGCACAUCUCAGCUCGUCAAGCGCACCAGGCCUGAUGCUGUUCCAAGCAGCUCGUCCGCCGUAUCAGUAGUCAACCAGUCGGCGAGCGGUGGCGCGCUCAUUCAAGCGGUUCCUCGGACAUCCGGGCUGCAGGCUCCCAUUAUGGAGCUCACGGGACACGGGAAAGAGGUCUUUGCCGUGCGCUUCGAUCCCACCGGUCAAAACAUCGCAUCCGCCGGCUUUGAUCGUGCAAUCCUGCUUUGGAAAACCUAUGGCGAUUGCGCGAAUUAUCUGGAACUUAAUGGCCAUAAAGGAGCUAUUCUCGAUCUACACUGGUCAAGAGACUCCCGUAUAGUUUUCUCGGCGUCGGCGGAUACUCUGUUGGCAUCUUGGGACAUAGAAGGCGGCAUCAGGGUCCGGAGAUACGUGGGUCAUGAAGAUGUUAUCAAUGUGAUGGAUGUCGCCCGACGAGGGCCCGAGGUGAUGAUCAGUGGGAGCGAUGACGGAACUAUUGGGAUAUGGGAUCCUCGGCAGAAAGAGUCGGUGGACUACAUCGAGACCGGCUUUCCUGUCACGGCAUUGACAAUGAGCGAGGCAGGGAAUGAGAUCUUCAGCGGUGGAAUAGACAAUGAUAUAAAAGUUUGGGAUUUGCGCAAAAAGGCUAUAUCGUACACGUUACGGGGCCACCAAGACACAAUCACGUCUCUUGGCGUAUCACCGGACGGUCAAUCGCUUCUCUCCAAUUCCAUGGACAGCACUGUCAAGACCUGGGACAUCCGCCCGUUUGCCGCCUCAACACGCAACAUCAACACAUACGAAGGAGCGCCGGCUGGAAUUGAGAAAAAUCUGAUUCGUGCCAGUUGGUCACCCAAUGGUGAAAAGAUUGGGGCUGGAGGUGCGGACGGCAGCGUGGCGGUGUGGGAUGUUGAGUCCAAGAAGCUGCUGUACAAGCUGCCCGGCCACAGAGGCACAGUCAACGACAUGCGAUUCUCGCCAGUUGUGUCGGAACCUAUUAUCGUCUCGGCAUCAUCGGACAAGAGCUUGAUUCUUGGCGAGCUGGGUAAAUAGCGAAAGGAGGAGAAGCUUGUUUCUAGCGGGCGGGAUCGAUGCAUGCCGGCGAUUUGAUCCAUGGUUCGCGUAUGGUUGAGCGGAUGAAGCUAUGGAACGCAGGAAGUCGCUUACCUCCAGAUGUGUUCUUGAAGCAUUCUGUGUGUUGACAUUAGUUAGAAGGUCCCUUGGUGCGUCUCUUGUAUUAUGUACAGAUGCCCCUACAAUGUGAAACAACUGAACGCCGGUGCUACGGCUAGGCAUUUUCUGAGGGUUUGAAGUGUAAAGGCUGCGGACAAAAGGGGU